AUGAGCUCCAAAGCACAACAAGAAUACCGAUCAGCCUUCAUUACACUCAUCUCUCAGCUUUCAACGAUCGAACAAAAGGGACAAGAGUUCUUUGACAAGAUUGAAAAAGCAGCGUGGACACCUUAUGAACCUAAUGCAGCACAAGCUGAUUUGGAGCAAUUGAUGUCAGCUAUGCAUACGCUGGAAACACAUGUCAAGACUUGUGGACUACUCAGCAUCACGGGAACAUCUUCCGAGGAUACGGAUACAUCACAACAAGGUCGCAAUCUCGCCACACGGACCGCUGAAACCGUUCAAUCACUCGAUACUUACUUUCAAGAAAAGAGCAGGCUCGUCACUAACAUUCGUGCAGCUGCCAGCACAGCUCAUCGUCCCAUCUAA